AGCAGCAUUGUCCCACUUUUUCUGGUUUUAUCUUUGCACGUAUGUUUGGCAAUGGGUUUUCUCAGUAAAGUCUCUGAGCUUGGAGAGUGGCAUCGUAGUAGUAAAAAGCUCAAAAAGAACAAGCAAUUGAAGACGGUGGAGAUUAAAGUGAAGAUGGACUGUGAAGGGUGCGAGAGAAGAGUGAAGAAAUCAGUGCAAGGCAUGAAAGGAGUCACGGAGGUUGAGGUGGACCCCAAGCAGAGCAAGCUCACUGUGAUUGGCUAUGUGGACCCCGACAAAGUCUUGCAUCGUGUUAGGCAUCGAACGGGGAAGAAGGCUGAGCUCUGGCCUUAUGUGCCGUACGAUGUCGUUCCGCAUCCCUACGCGCCGGAGGCUUAUGACAAGAAGGCCCCACCUGGGUACGUGCGGAACGUGCUGGAGGAUCCGGAGGCAUCGGCUCUCGCACGUGCAAGCUCCACUGAAGUGAAGUAUACGACGGCGUUUAGUGACGAGAAUCCAAAUGCGUGUGUCGUCAUGUAGUCCAAUGAUAUGCUGCAAUUCCAACUUGUAAAUUUUGUAGCACUUUUUUGAAUAGUCGCUGUAAAAAUUGCUUAAGCGUGUUUUGGAAAUGAAAAAAGUUUGCCUGAUGUGUGAAGAAGGCAGAGAGAG